GUAGCGCCAUGGCCCGGGAGAGGCCGCCCGGGAGGGGCUGCGGCGCCCUGCGCCGGUGUCUACUCGGGGCCGCGCUGUUGCUCGGCCUGCGGCUUUGCGCAGAGCUGCGGCGCGCCGGGCCUGGGUCCCCCGCCCGCAGCGCCCCGCCGGGCCCGGCCUGGCGGCCACCUGGGCCGCACCUGCCGCCCGCGCCGGGCCCGUCGCGCGGCGCCAGCAGGAGGCAGGUGACCUACGUGCGCAGCGGUCGCCGGGCGCCGCCGGGGGGCGGCGGGAGCGGGACGCCGGAGCCUGGCUGCUGUGCCCCGCGCGGGCGCCUCCGCCGGAAGGGUCCCCGGUGGCAUAUAGAUCUCCAGCCUUGGGCAGGCUCUGCUCAGUCCCUGGAUGAAGAAGCCUGGAGGUUCCUGAGAUAUAUCAGCACCACCCAGAUUGCAUGCAAUCACAUGAAUACAGACAGCCUGGCUACUGACUCUAGUCCGACACACAAGCCCUGGUCAGUGUGUCUUGACGACAGGUUCAAUUUAGCUCAUCAAAUCCGCAACAAGCAGUGCCGCCUCUACUCCUUAGGGCUAGGAAGUGAUGAUACCCAUUUUGAGGUUAGCAUGGCCAACAACGGAUGUGAAGUGCAUCGUUUUGAUCCUAGUGUCAAGUCAGCUCACAUUCUGGAGAGUCAGCACCUUUGGUAUCACCGCUUGUCCAUUGACUGGCGGGAUCCCCACCCAGCUGUUGCUGCCCAAAAACCACAUAGCAACACCAGAAAACUGGGAAGCAUUUUGAAUGAAUUUGGACAUCACAAGAUUGACGUUCUCAAGGCAGAUCUGGAAAGUGCAGAAUGGAAAGUUUUGGAAAAUCUUAUUCUGGAAGAUGUUCUUGAGCAGAUUGGACAGCUCAUCUUUGAGAUCCAUCUCCACUGGCCUGGGUUUGAGGUCAGUGGCAGUGACAGCAGCGUUGUGCGGUUCUGGUACAGCCUUCUCAAAGAGUUAGAACAAAAGGAUUUCAGGCUUUUUCACAGUUACAAAGAUUUAUCUAAACCUCAGCUAUUCUUGAAGAAAGACAUUUUCAAUGCAAGUAGCUGUUAUACUCUGAGUUGGGUGAAUACAAGAUGGAAAUAGGAUGCAGGAUGUCAUCAAGAGCACAAGAAAGUAUUUGCAGAAUGCAGCAUGUCCAUGAUUCUAAUCAUGAAUUUACUCACCCAGUCUCCUGCUAGCCUGUGCCCUGCUUGAGGCAGGGAGUAUGUUAUUGCAGUGCAUGCAGCCUGGUGCUUGGCAUGUGAUGGGGCACAGUUAAUACUUGUUAAAGGGAUGAACACAGUCACCCCUAUUUGCCCAGACUCUUCCUUCACCUUAACUUGGAAGAUUAUACACAACUCAUCUCAGUUUUCCCUAAAAUUCUCUAUGUAUUUAUAAUCUAUGAAUUCACCAACAUUGAAAUGAAAUUAUAUAAAUUUUCUAUUUUUACUAGGUUGGUGAGAUUUUUAAGUUCUUCCCCUACUGUUUAAAAUAGGGUUUUAAAUUUGAAUUUGACUCUCCUUUUUCAAGGUUUUUCUUAUUUACCUUGUCAAUGAUAUUCUUUACAACCUUGUAGAUUUCAGUCAUUCCUUCUCAGCCUUUGCUGAGGCCAUGCUGUGGCUUUCUAAGCAGCAAUACUUCUGAUUUCUGGGAACUCAGAUGCACCAAAUUCUGUCACUGAGUUAAAGAGACUAGACUAUCAAGAGCUUCAACUCGAAGGUGUAAGUUCCAGUUCGAGACCAAGUCUGAAGGUCUUGACCUCACCAAGAGCCAUGUCCCAGCUUGAAGACAGCCAGACAGAGAAUUAAUUCUUCCUUACUCUGCCUUAGGUUCUAUUCAGGCCUUCAACUGGUUGAAUGAGGUCCACUCACACUGAGGUGAAGAAUCUGCUUUAUUCAGUCUACUGAUUUAAAUAUUAAUCUCAUCGAGAAAUAUCCUCACAGAUAGUCCAGUUAAGUUGACACAUAAAAUUAACCAUUGUAGGUAGGUAGGUAGGUAGAUCGAUAGAU